AUGACUCAAGGAAGUUGUGGGAAUUCAUGGGCUGGUUCUCACAGAAGAGGGCCCUAUUGGCUGCUGUUUCUGGUGUGCUGGAUCAUGGUGGCCUCAGCUGCCAAGCCCAAAAUACCAGGGCACACACACCUCAACUCCAUCCGCAUAGAUGGAGACAUUUCUCUGGGUGGUCUGUUCCCAGUGCAUGCCAGGGGCAAUGAUGGCAAGGCCUGUGGGGAGCUGAAGAAGGAGAAAGGCAUCCACAGACUGGAGGCCAUGCUCUUUGCCUUGGAUCGCAUCAACAACGACCACGAGCUGCUCCCCAACAUCACCCUGGGAGCCAGAAUCCUGGACACCUGCUCCAGAGACACCCAUGCCCUUGAGCAGUCGCUCACCUUCGUCCAGGCUCUCAUUGAGAAGGAUGGGACAGACAUCAAGUGUCUGAGUGGAGGACCACCCAUCAUCACCAAGCCUGAGAGGGUGGUGGGUGUUAUUGGGGCAUCUGCCAGCUCAGUGUCCAUCAUGGUGGCCAACAUCCUGCGCCUCUUCAGGAUCCCUCAGGUGAGCUAUGCCUCCACUGCUCCCGAGCUGAGUGAUAACACACGCUACGACUUCUUCUCCAGAGUGGUGCCCCCAGACACCUACCAGGCCCAGGCCAUGGUGGACAUUGUCAAAGCCAUGCACUGGAACUACGUCUCCACCGUGGCAUCAGAGGGCAACUAUGGAGAGAGUGGUGUUGAUGCAUUCAUUCAGAAGUGUCGCGAAGACGGAGAUCUAUGUAUUGCUCAGUCCAUGAAGAUACCACGGGAACCUAAGUCAGGAGAAUUUGACAAGAUUAUUCGCAGAUUGAGAGAGAACCCAAAUGCCAGGGUUGUUAUUCUCUUUGCCAAUGAGGAUGACAUUAGACGGCUUCUUCAGGCAGCUAAGAAGGCCAACCAGACAGGCCACUUUCUCUGGGUGGGUUCAGACAGCUGGGGUUCCAAGAUCUCACCAAUCCUGAACCAGGAAGAGAUGGCUGAGGGCGCCGUCACAAUCCUCCCCAAACGACAGUCCAUACGAGGAUUUGAUCGCUACUUCAUCAGCCGAACUUUGGACAACAACAGGAGGAAUAUCUGGUUUGCAGAGUUUUGGGAGAACAACUUUCAGUGCAAACUCAGCCGUCAUGCUUUGAAGAAAGGUUCUGGUAUUAAGAAAUGCACAAACCACGAGCGAAUUGGAAAAGAUUCAUCCUACGAACAGGAGGGGAAAGUUCAGUUUGUCGUAGAUGCAGUCUACGCUAUGGCUCAUGCUCUACACAACAUGCACAAAGAGCUCUGUCCUGGUAAAGUCGGCCUUUGCUCCAAGAUGGACACCAUCAAUGGAACUACACUGCUCAAGUUCAUCCGCAAAGUCAACUUCAUAGGUAUUGCUGGCACUCCUGUGGUCUUCAACGAGAACGGGGAUGCCCCUGGCCGCUAUGAUAUCUACCAGUACCAAAUUAACAAUGAUACCAGAGAAUACAGGAUCAUAGGAAAUUGGACUGACCAGCUACAUUUAGAUACAAAUGAGAUGCAGUGGCCUGGUGGAACUCCCCAGGUUCCAUCCUCCAUUUGCAGCCAACCUUGUCGUCCAGGGGAGAGGAAGAAGACAGUGAAGGGCAUCCCGUGCUGCUGGCACUGUGAACGCUGUGAUGGCUACCAAUACCAAGCCGACACUUACACAUGCAAGAUGUGUCGCUUUGAUCUGAGGCCCAAUGAGAACCAUACCGCUUGCCAGCCCAUUCCCAUUGUCAAGCUAGAGUGGAAUUCUCCCUGGGCAGUCAUUCCUGUCCUCAUUGCCAUUCUGGGCAUCAUGGCUACUUUGUUUGUGGUGGUGACAUUCAUCCGAUAUAACGACACGCCCAUUGUGAAGGCGUCAGGCCGUGAACUAAGCUAUGUGCUGCUGACAGGUAUCUUCCUGUGCUAUGCUACUACAUUCCUCAUGAUCUCUGCUCCUGACGUGGGCAUCUGCUCCCUCAGGCGUAUCUUCCUGGGCUUGGGCAUGAGCAUCAGCUACGCAGCACUGCUCACCAAGACCAACCGCAUCUACCGCAUCUUUGAGCAGGGCAAGAUGUCUGUCAGUGCCCCCAGGUUCAUCUCCCCAGCUUCCCAGCUGGUCAUCACCUUCAGCUUGAUCUCAGUGCAGCUGCUAGGGGUGUGCAUCUGGUUCGGUAUGGACCCAUCCCAGGCCAUCAUUGACUAUGAGGACCAGCGCUCAGCCAACCCAGACAUGGCCCACGGUGUGCUCAAGUGUGAUAUCUCAGACCUGUCCCUGAUAUGCCUUCUGGGCUACAGCAUGCUGCUCAUGGUCACCUGUACAGUCUACGCCAUUAAGACCAGAGGAGUGCCAGAGACCUUCAACGAGGCCAAGCCCAUCGGCUUCACCAUGUACACCACCUGCAUUGUUUGGCUGGCCUUCAUCCCCAUCUUCUUUGGGACGUCACAGUCGACAGAGAAGAUGUACAUCCAGACCACCACGCUGACCAUCUCUGUGAGUCUGAGUGCCUCUGUGUCGCUGGGGAUGCUCUACAUGCCCAAGGUCUACGUGGUCCUCUUUCACCCUGAACAAAACGUGCCCAAGCGCAAACGCAGCCUCAAGGCAGUGGUCACCGCAGCAACCAUGUCUAACAAGUUCAACCCCAAGGGCGGCCUCAGGCCCAACGGAGAGGCCAAGUCUGAACUCUGUGAAAGCCUAGAGACACAAGCUUUGGCUUCCAAGCAGACGUACAUCAGUUACAGUAACCACGCCACCUAAAAAAGAAUACAGUUCCUUUCCAUGCUGAACAAGGACCUGCCUGUGGAAUGAACCCCAGAACUGGAACACACAUGAAAAAGGAAAAAAGAAAAGGUGAAAAAGAAUAAUCACUACAAAUACAGAAUGGAUGUCAACUCCAUGAGGACGUGUCAAGGUUUAAAUACCACACAAAACUAGAGGGGCAGUUCCCUCUGGGGAUGGGGAGGUGGAGGGUGUCAGGGAGA